GGUUGGGUUCUCUUCUCCCUCCCUACCCCUAUAAAUCUUCCCCGACGCCGCACGCAAAAUCCAAAAAUCCCCAAUCCCAAACCAACCUAGUACACUGCACUGUAGCAGACGCGGCAGCAGGAGGAGGAGGAUGGUGGUGAAGAGCGGAGGAGGAGGCGGCGGCGCGGAGGAGGGGGCCGCGGGCGCGGCGGUGCGGCGGUGGGUGGAGGCCGGCGGCGGGAGGCUGGUGCUGGACGGCGGGCUGGCCACGGAGCUCGAGGCCCACGGUGCCGACCUCAACGACCCGCUCUGGAGCGCCAAGUGCAUCCUCUCCUCCCCGCACCUCAUCCGCAAGGUCCACUUAGACUACAUAGAAGCAGGUGCAAACAUUAUAAUUACAGCAUCGUAUCAGGCUACCAUUCAAGGGUUUGAGUCCAAGGGAUUUUCAAAAGAACAAGGUGAAAAUUUACUAACAAAGAGUGUUGAGAUUGCACAUGAAGCACGUGAGAUGUUUCUGAAGCAACACCCAGAUCAGUCCACUCCCUUGCGUCCUAUUCUGGUUGCAGCUUCAAUAGGAAGUUAUGGGGCUUAUCUUGCUGAUGGCUCAGAGUACAGUGGGGAUUAUGGUGAAGCUGGAACACUAGAAUUCCUGAAAGAUUUUCAUCGGCGGAGACUUCAGGUUCUUGCAGAAGCACGUCCUGAUUUGAUCGCUUUUGAAACAAUCCCUAACAAAUUGGAAGCUCAGGCAUAUGUUGAACUUCUUGAGGAAUGCAACAUAAAUAUCCCUUCAUGGUUUUCCUUCAACUCAAAAGAUGGAGUUAAUGUCGUGAGUGGAGACUCAUUAAUCGAAUGUGCUAAAAUUGCUAAUGAAUGUGCAAAGGUUGGUGCAGUUGGUAUAAACUGCACACCUCCAAGAUUUAUUCAUAGCUUGAUACUCUCCAUUCGGAAGGUCACAGACAAGCCAAUUCUGAUAUAUCCCAACAGUGGAGAAAGAUACGAUGCCGAGAGAAAGGAGUGGGUGGAAUCCACUGGUGUGUCAGAUGGCGAUUUCGUUUCUUAUGUAAGCGAGUGGUGCAAAGAUGGGGCUGCCCUUAUUGGGGGUUGCUGCAGGACAACUCCAAACACCAUCAGGGCAAUUAGUAGAUCUCUUAACCAGUACUACCCUGCGCCUUAGGUAUUUGCGGCAGAGUUGUACCCUCCUUCAGAUGGGUUACUCCUGGUGUUACUUUAUCAACAUGUCCCCGAGAUUUAGCAAUAGCUGUGUGAUGUUCCCCUGCAAAAUGAGAUAGCUGUGCACUUACAUGUGCGAAAUGGCGGUGUGUUUCUAGCGAACAGUAAGCUGUACUAAGGAGUGAUCGCAAGCAGUAACAGCGAAGUUGUACUAAGGAGUGAGCGAAACUAUCUGCGGCGAGGUUCAUGACCCCUUAUUACCUAUUAAGAGAGUUUGAGGCAAUGUAUGUUAUACAGAUUCUGAGUUGUUAUGGAGGUAUUAACCUGCAAUAAGCUGCUAUGUUGUUGUGUGCUAA